AGCAGGACAGUGCACAAAGUAGAAACGAGGGAGAGUUCCUGAUGCUCCGGGUUCCACAUGGUAGCAGUGAUUUUAAAUGCAGACAGUUUCAGUAUGGGCAACACACUGAGAGCAAUCAUUGCCUUCAUCCCUUCUGAUGACUGCCAGAAAUACCUCCUGGGAGACCUUGAAGAGAUGCCAAUUGAUAGAAUGGUGGAUCUGAGCAGCAGGCAGCUGAGGAGAUUUCCCUUGCAUGUUUGUUCUUUCAGGGAGCUCGUCAAGCUGUACCUGAGUGACAAUAACCUGCACCAGCUGCCCCCAGAGCUAGAACAGCUGCAGAACCUCCAGAUCUUGGCGUUAGAUUUCAACAACUUCAAAGCGCUGCCCCUGGUGGUGUGCACCCUGAAGCAGCUGUGCAUCCUCUACCUGGGCAACAACAAGCUCUGCGACCUGCCCCAGGAGCUCAGUCUCCUGCAGAAUCUCAAAACCUUGUGGGUUGAGUCCAACUGCCUGAGCCACCUGCCCGAGGUGGUGUGCGAGCUGAGCCUCCUCAAGACCCUGCACGCCGGCUCCAACGCGCUGCACACGCUGCCCGCCGGGCUGCGGUGCCUGCAGGAGCUGCGCACCAUCUGGCUCUCCGGCAACCUGCUGGCUGACUUCCCGCCGGUGCUGCUGCACAUGCCAUUCCUGGAGGUGAUUGACGUGGAUCGCAACGCCAUCAGGUCCUUCCCCAGCCUGGCUCACCUCCCCGGCCUCAAGCUGGUGAUCUACGACCACAACCCCUGCAGGAAUGCGCCCAAGGUGGCCAAGGGGGUGCGCAGAGUGGGGAGGUGGGCAGAGGAGACCCCCGAGCCCAGGAAGCGCUCCGAGCUGGGCAGGGAGGAGGAGACCGACAGCAAGGAACCGCCACUUCCCCCUGACAAGCAGCCCCAGCCCUGCUAAGGAUCAGCCAGGAGGCUCUUGCUGGUGCUGCUGUGGGCAGCUGGCAAAUCGUCACCUGCGCCCUUCUCCUCUGGCUGCGUGGGAUUUGCGCACCUCCAGCUGGUUACAGCAAAAAUGCCUUUUAAAUAGAGCAUUUCUUCACCUCCUGGUACCUCAGCUGUUAAAUGCACACGAUAGUGCCUAGACUGUUCUUCACAACAGUAUUUUAGAGGCCUGUAUGAUCUGUUAGUAGGUGUAGCUAUUUAAAUAGACGUGCCAGCAAAUUUCUCCCUCUUGUCCCAAAAGCCUCCUUAGGGCUAAAAGCCAGCACUUCCUUUGUAGUAUGAGCAGGUGAAAAACACUGUAUAAAGCCGACCCUUUGAAGUGACGGAACGGAUUUUCAUCUAGCAAAAUCCCUUUUAUUCCAAAUGCCACCUAAGGAAGCAUGACUGAGUGAGGUUUUUCCAUCCAUUGAUCACGCUGGAGCACUCGUAAGUGAGCACUAGCUGCCGUACCCGUGACGUAGCCUGUAUCAAAAGACAUGUUUCUCAUGCAAAUGAUGAAAGGGAUCUCAGCAGCUUGUCAAGACCCCCUCUUCUGCCUGGAAAGAGGGUGUAGCAAAGAUCAUUUGACUGUCCUCAACUAACACCUAAAAUGACUAGACUAAGCCUGAGAGAGAAUGAAGUUUUUAUGUUUUAUGUGCCUUUGCCAGCACUUUAUGCAGAAUCAUUUCUUCAUUCAGUGGGGUGGGUUUUCACACCUGCAAAAGGAGUUGUUUUGUUUUGUCUUUUUAAAGGAAGAUCUGAUUGUAAAACUACAAAAAUUGGCAGGGCGACUUACAGGUGUAAUAUCAAAAUAUGGCCCCAAACCUGCAAACACGCCUAUGCUUAACUAGAGCUAGCCCCAGCCUUCAAUGGGACUACUCCCCUGCUAAUGUUUGCACAACUGAGGCCUGUACUUCUGCCACCACACUUGGAAAUUGACUAAAUUGCCCCUUUAAUUUAAAAGGCAUGUUUUGCACUAAUGUGCCCUGGGUAACGAUAACUGACUCAAAAUGGGUUGAAGUUUUGUCUACUAAGUUAUACUUGCAGAGACUGUUCUUUUGAUUUAUAGUAUUUUUUUAUACUCCGCACCAAACUUGACAUGUUAAUGGGGUUUCACUGGACCCAAACAGCUACCUGUUUCUGUCAUCUUAACAGCACAAUACACACAAAUGACAGUUAAUUUUCCAUAAAAGGUUUGAUUUAGUGACUGUUUAAUGUCAUUUACAUUCUUAAAAGAAUAUUUGGAAAGUAGAAAAUCAGUUAGUACUUGCUGUCUAAUUAAAGUUGAAUCUGGAUUUGGAUCUGGCUAGUACCCACCUAGUGUGCUUCCUAUUUAUUACACUAAAUGAAUUGGAGUUGUACUCAAGUGCCUAUAGCAGAGGGAAACUGUAUUGCUCUGGAAUUAACUGGAUUACUUUUCUCAAAGCCUUUGCCAAAUCUUGUUCUGCCAAACUAACAAUCAUUUCUUUAGUGAAAUAAAGGGAAUAACAUUUGGAUUUUAUAUAUGAAGACGCAUGCCUGCUUCUUGUUUCCAUUAGAAUUAAUGUGACUCUUUUCUGUUUGGUCUAAUUGGGGCAUCUUUCCUUUGCUACACAUAUGAAAUCUUAUUACUGGGCAAGAAACAGCAACUUUUUUGUUUUGUAUAUCCAUGUAACAUUAAAAUAAGCCCAGGCUGUACUGAUUGUCUACUACAGCGUUCUAUAACAGCCCUUUCACUGGUUGCCCUAGGAAGAGCUGCUGAAAUAUUUUAUUCAGCUUUGGGCAUCAUCGACAUAGUUCUGACAUAGUUUAGAUCAGUGGUGUCGAACCUGUGGCCCUUGAGGGUGACUGAAAAUUAUUUGUGAUUUGAAAGUAUGUUUCCUAAGCCAUACCCCAUAAUUAAAAUAAAUAAAUAAAACCAGAAGGAUUUAAAGCAGCCCUAUCAUAAGGCUACAUUUCUGCCUCCUCUUGCCACUCCCCUUGCAAUUUUUGAACAAUACAAGAUUGCGACUGUGCCUCACCGUCCUGGUUUGAUGUUUGGGGCUGCAAUUGAUAGAGUUGGACAUUCACAUUCACAAGAGCUAUUUAUGGCGUUAGACCCUUAACUAUGUUUAUGACCCCCCUCCUAAAUUACCACAAUCACUGCAUGUACAAAUAGCUGCAGUGGGGAGUUGGUGACAUUGAUUGUUACUGCGAACACUCACCCGUCACUGCUGGUGAAAGUCAUGUCUGUAUUUUGACCGAUUUAACCUUUUGAAAUGCUGUAUUGUAAAUAGAUUGGCGGGUUUCAUACAGACAUCAGCAAAUAGGACUUCAGAUAGUCAUGUAAAGUUAUUAGAGCCACAACCCAAUAGUCAGUCACUUAUUUUACUAUCAUCUUUUGAUAUGCUGAUAAAUUCACACAAAGUGAACACCGCAGAAGACUGGACUCAAGCCAAGCUUUGCAGCUUCAAUAAUUACAUAAGGGAGUUCUAUACUAAAUGGCGAGCCAUUUUUCCCCUUUAAUAGUCCUUACAAGUAAGAAAGUGCAAAGCUGGUUGUAGGUAGUAACAAUGGCAACUCUACCAAGUUAAUAUUCAGUAUACAUAUUUAAAAAAAAUGCACACACAGCCUUGCACUUGAGCAUUUAGUUUCUCUUUAUUUUUCUCAGAGUAGAAUAAACCAAAUCGAUGCAGAUUUCUAAACAGUGGGAAAUCUAUAUAGUUUGUAUUUAUUUAUAUUAUAGUAGCAGCUAGAAGCCCCAAGCUGUGUAGGCUGAAAUCGUAUAGGCUACAACAGAGGUGGGUCUGAGAGAUUUGAAGAGAGUAGUAGCCUCUUGGCUCAAUUCAGAUCUAAAAAAGAAAGCAGCCCUAAUUUGAAUAAAAUAGAGAUUCCAUCAUUGUUAGUUUCCAGAUAUAUCUGAGAGAGACAAGUUUGAGGAUCUGAUGCUCCAUCUUAAGCCAGCUGGCUGGGAAGCUACUUUUAGUUUUGGUAGCCUGAAGCUCGGCAGUGAAAAUGAGGACCACCUUUCGGUACCAAUCUUAAAUUUUGAUCUCAUGGCUACACGCUUAAAACAGAGGUGAGAAUUGAGCAGACAUUCCAGAUAAAGCAAGUCAACUAUUACAGAAAUAUAUGAGUUUUUACGGUUUCAGUGGUAGCCGUGUUAGUCUGUAUCAGCAAAAAAACCGAGGAGUCCUUGUGGCACCUUAGAGAGUAACAAAUUUAUUUGGGCAUAAGCUAAUGUCACAAGCAUUAUUUUUCUUUCUAGCUGUAAUGGAUAAUGCACUACCAGAUCUUAACCCUGUGUCACUACUCCAAGACUUAGUGUUCUCCCUGUAACUGUGCAGGAAAAUAUCACCUAUGGGGGAAUAAAUAUUUAUUUAGUAAGCGGUUAGAAGAUCUGCAGUGUUUGAAACAUCAGACAGCUGCCAGUGGAGCUGGAGUAAGGGGCAGAGCACAAAUGCAACAGUCAAAAGUGCAUGAUAAAUGCAACUACCACAUGAAUGUCAUCACAUAGAGUAUACUUACAAUAUUUGAAAACAAUGUAUCUGUAACAGAUAGUAAGUAACAUAGUUCAGUCUAUUUAAACAAUUCUAAGAUUUUUCCUAUUGCUCUAUCACAUCUUUCCAGAGGAUGCUGUGUUAGAACUCCAGAGCAAUAUAUACAUAUCAGAAGAUAUGUAAAUCUUAAACACCUGUCCCUGAAAUUGAUAAGACAACACACAAGUCUCUGGGCAAGAUUAUUUUGAAAUGGUUCCAACAUGUCCUUUUCUAGAUAACAUCAACAUUUCUGUCUUGUAGUUGGCAAGAAUAACUUUUUCAGGCCAAAUGUAACCAUGUGAUGAAGAGCACCACCUCAGAGUUUUGUUCAUGAAUAACCUUCAUAAGAACAAGGAAAAUCACAAAACUAGGAACUAGCAACUGAAACGAAAA